UUGACUAUAAGACUAUGAUGACAUAUAUAUAUAUAUAUAUAUAUAUAUAUAUAUAUACUGCUAAGGGCGCAUGUAGCGUAGCGCAGUUGUUGGAGGCGCUCUGCUGUCACAUGCGAUAGAUCAACCCGCUCCAGCCUUUAACAAGCGUUCCAAAGGAUUAUUAAGGGAUCCACAUGCCAUUUGGAGAGAAGUGAAUCGACUGGGAAGUGAAGGCAAAUGGGACAACAUCAACUGCAUGCCUAAGAUGUUUCUAUUUGGAUCUGCAAAAAGGGAAACAUACGCUGUGUACAACGCAAUAAAUCACAGAACUGACAUCUGGUCCUCGUCUCCCUAUGGCCAGAUUGCAAAAGCUGUUUUUCGCAUAGUGCUUCUAAUAUCCACGAUUCAGGUUGGUGUGUGGGUGUAUGAAUUUGUCGUACCAGAAGAGAAAAGGCUAAAGUAUAAGUAUCGUGCUAAGCAUGAAGAAGGCCAUGGACAUCACUAA